AUGUCAUCCACCUCGGUAGAUCCACGAGAAGAGAUCUCGAGGGGGGCCUCGGCAGAUCCAUCAGAAGAGAUCUCGAGGCCUUGCCCCGAAGACAACAGCGAGUCGUCCACAAUUGAUCUGACGAGCCCGCCAGCAACCCACCGGAGGGCCUCAACAUCCUCAGCCUCCCCUGCCCGGAACAGCUUGUGCAAGUUCACAAAUCAGGGAACCAGGAAAUCUCUUGCCCCAUCGGGGUUCAAGAAAUCAAAUUCUGGCACCCCAGGUUCCCUCCAAGCACUGACAUGCUUGACAUGCGGAACGAGCUUCAAGACCCGGAGCCAGCUGCAUUCCCACGUCUCACGAGGAUAUGCGGCGAUCGUGGAAAGUGCCAGUUCUGUGGCAAGGCGUUUCCCACUUAUCCACAGGUUAGGCAGCACAAAAGGCGGUCCCAUCCCGAACAAUACACCUUCGUGGCCCAGGAAACUCAGAACAAAACAAAAUCGGAUGGAUUUUAAAGCAUCUCAAGUCAAAGUGAGCACCCAAAUUGUGAAAACAUUAAGAGCUGCUUGCAAAAUUUUGGAAUCAAAGUGCAGCGCAGAUGAGGAGGCCAUUUGGCUGGGAUAUUUAAAGAAAAAUAUUAAAUGCUUCACCAAACUUAUAAAAAGGCAUAUGAAUUCUACAGGUAAAGGACAAAUUAUCUAUCACCAAGAACCAUUUCAGGAUGCCCCCUCUGUUGAAUGUAAGCACUGUAAAAAGGAGUUAAAAUCGGGUGGUGGAACCUCUAAUAUGCUGGCCCAUUUGCGUCGCACCCACCCAUGGGCUUUAACAGAGGAAUUAAAUAACAACGAUGAGUCUACACUUGUUUCGAAUGUGAAUGUGAACAACGGUAACAUGUUUCCAUCUACAUCUUUGAGAAAUUCUAAAUUAAACCGCCUGCAAACAAAGCUGGCUGGCUCAAUCAAAGGAUUUUCCAAAUGA